ACUGCAUACUACUGAACUAUAAGGCACCGCCUUGGCCGGUUAUGUCACAGAAUAUACAUUGACUUCCUGAGCAUCACACGCACGCCAUGGAGCUUCAAACUAAAAUCCAACUAGGUCUUACGUCCUCUGAAUAGUCUCCAAGACCAGGCUAACUCACUGCCUUCGAUUCAAUGCCUGUAGCCAACCAGAACUUGGGCCAACGAAAGUAUCCGAUAUCUCUCCGAGUUGGGGCUGACGGCCAGUCGAAGCAUUUGAGUUGAUUUGCCCAAUGCUACCUAUCGCAAACUUAUAAAUAUCAGCUCAUUUCCUCUCUUCCAUUCUGUGUUUUCCUCUCUCCAGAGAUUCCUUGGAUUUUCAUAACAUUCUCUUUAUCUUCCACAACGCCCUGAAUCCAUACAACACCUCCAAAGCCUUGAUACGUUGCCUAGAACCAUGGCAGACUUCACCGAAAAGAACCGACAAUACUUCAAUAAACUGGCCGGCUCCUAUAAGGAUGACUUUGGAAAGGCUCUGAAAGCAUUGGCUGAGCAAAUCCAAGAACGUCGACUAUGGAUCAGCAAAAAAUGGACAGACACCGACGCUGGAAAGGGGGAGGAAGUUAAAAUGAUGGAAUAUGCUUGUGGCCCUGGUGCUGUCUCUAUGGCAUUAGUGCCGUUUGUGACCAAGGUCGUUGGCCUGGAUGUGUCGGACAACAUGGUCGAUGAGUUUAACAAGAAUGCCCGGGAAGCUGGCUUGUCUGACAAAAUGACUGCUCGCAAAGGAGAUCUCCUGGCAGAAACUGUGCCAGAUGAGAUUUCCGGUCCUGACUUCGAGGAUUUUGACGUCGUGGCCGUCAGCAUGGCACUUCACCAUUUUGCCGAGCCUGACGUAGCGCUGAAACGUCUUGGAGACCGAUUGAAGCAAGGUGGCACUUGUUUGAUCGUUGACCUUGUCCCGGAGGGAAAGAUGUUCCACGAGAUGCACCCAGACAUGUCUGAAGCUGCCGCAACAGUAAAAAAGCAUGGCUUUACCAUGGAAGAUAUGAAGGAGUUGUUUGAAGGUGCUGGCUUGGGAAUGAAUUUCGACUAUAAGGUUAUUGAGAAGCCAUUCGAGUUCACCAAGAACGGAACGACCUUUAGGAAGACGAUUUUUGUGGCCAGAGCACAGCGUCCUUAGAUUGCUGCAUGUUAGUGCCUAGACAGACUUGACUUUGAGGAUAGUAGAGUUCCUAAUGCCAGUUGAAUGAAAACAGCAUAGCAUGCAAUUUCCUGUAAAUGAAAUCCCGUAGAGGUACAGAGUAGACGAUCAUUGACUUGAAUGAAGAACUGAUUAGUUGCCUUCCAUAUCUGCCUGUGUUGACUUGCU